AUAUAUCCCAUUGUUUGUGCAGAUGUGUGCUUUUAAAGACUUUAAGACAGUGGGGUAGAGGUGCCAUUGCUCCUGGUAUAAAGCUUCUUUUUGUGACUUGCAAUGGUAUCUGAUCAUACUGGUUUUGCAGGCUUUCCAAACACUUCAUAUUGUACCAUGGAAAACUCAUACAACAGCCCCCAGACAGCUGUUGCUGCAGUACAUUUGUGUGCAUAAAUUUUGGUGUAUUUUAGAAGCUACUGAAAUAAUGCUGUUUAAGAAAGCUAUAUAGCAUUUCCCCAUCUUUGCCCAGAACAAUUUGGGAACUAUUCAAGCAUUUAAUUAUAUAUGUACAUAAGUAACUGGAUGGGAGCUUUAUUUGUAUACCUACAUGAGCACUUGUGCAGCUGUCAAAAAGGUUUUAAGGAAAAUAUGCUUGAUAUGGUAGACCACUGAUACAGGGAAGAAUGUAGGCUUGAACCUAUGUUCUGCUAUAUCAAGCAUAUUUUCUUUUAAAUCUUUUUGACAGGCUCCAAGUGGGAGGGUAUGUGGCCCCUCUCUCUGCUCCAUGGGCUGAUAGUUGAGGGCUAACUGCAAACAUAUCCAGUUAGCAAAAUCCUCUUUCGGUAUUGAUCACAGUGACUAGAUUCAACAUCCUUCAUAACCUCCAGAUCCACUGCUUCAAUACCAAGGGAAGCCAUUGAAUGACAACUGCCUGUCGCUUGGUACGUAUACCUGCCUGCUGCUUAAACGUUUCCUGCCCAGAGAAAUAGAAUAAAAAUGAAAGCUAUGAUUCCUUAUUGAUACAUAAUGGCUUUACUCCAUGCUUAGCAUCUCCAUAGUUAAAGCCCUAUUUGUUUUGCAUAUGGCAAUUUAAGUAGCAAAACACUUCAGUUUGGUAUCAGAACUGCCAACAUGGAUUGCAGAUUGUCCUGCUAUAUUGUCCACACACUUAAAUUACGGUUUUAAUUUUUUUGUUAUUUUGCCUGCCUUUGAACUCUACAACCACUUGUAGGCAUCCGUUCAUUCCUUAGAAACCCACACUGAAGAAUUUAGAAAUCAGCUUGCUUGCUUGCCACGGAUGUGCCAUUUGCCCUGUGGUAAGCAAGACAUCCAGAAACAUACCAGCUCCUACCUCACCGGACAUCUUUCUAUGAUUCAAGCAGAUUAGAAACUGCUGGAUUCCCUUGUAAUCAACAGGAGACUUACUGAUUUUUCUUUCCUCUUCCAAAUCCCACAGAAAAGAGAGAAAACCCUGCUUCUCUCCCAGACCCCAUCUGCAGUUGCAGAUGACUUGCUUCGGCUGAACAAUCAUGUUUGAAAUUAAGAAAAUCUGCUGCAUUGGUGCUGGUUAUGUAGGUGGACCAACGUGUUCUGUCAUUGCACAUAUGUGUCCAAAAAUUAAGGUCACUGUUGUUGAUGUCAAUGAAGCUAGAAUCAAUGCAUGGAAUUCCGAUACGCUUCCAAUUUAUGAGCCAGGGCUAAAAGAAGUGGUAGAAUCCUGCAGAGGAAAGAAUCUCUUUUUUUCUACUAGCAUUGAUGAUGCCAUCAGAGAUGCUGAUCUUGUGUUUAUUUCUGUUAAUACCCCAACAAAGACCUAUGGCAUGGGAAAAGGUCGGGCAGCAGAUCUGAAAUACAUUGAGGCAUGUGCGAGACGGAUUGUGCAGAACUCAAACGGAUACAAAAUUGUGACUGAGAAAAGCACCGUCCCUGUCCGUGCUGCAGAGAGCAUUCGUCGUAUAUUUGAUGCCAACAUGAAACCUGACUUAAAUUUGCAGGUUCUGUCUAACCCAGAAUUCCUAGCUGAAGGCACGGCAAUCAAAGACCUGAAGAAUCCAGACCGUGUGCUGAUUGGUGGAGAUGAGACACCUGAGGGUCAGAAAGCAGUUCGCGCUCUGUGUGCUGUCUAUGAGCAGUGGGUGCCCAAAGAGAAAAUCCUUACAACAAACACUUGGUCAUCUGAACUUUCCAAACUGGCAGCUAAUGCUUUCCUCGCCCAGAGAAUCAGCAGCAUCAACUCCAUAAGUGCUCUUUGCGAGGCAACAGGUGCGGAUGUUGAAGAAGUUGCAAGAGCCAUUGGAAUGGACCAAAGGAUUGGAAAUAAAUUUCUGAAAGCCAGUGUUGGAUUUGGUGGGAGCUGUUUUCAAAAAGAUGUUCUGAACUUGGUUUAUCUCUGUGAGGCUCUGAACUUGUCAGAAGUCGCUCGUUACUGGCAACAGGUGAUCGACAUGAACGACUAUCAGAGGAGAAGAUUUGCUUCUCGGAUCAUUGACAGCUUAUUUAACACUGUCACCGACAAGAAGAUUGCUAUUUUGGGGUUUGCAUUCAAGAAAGACACAGGAGACACAAGAGAGUCCUCCAGCAUCUACAUCAGCAAGUAUUUAAUGGAUGAAGGAGCGAAACUUCAUAUCUACGACCCUAAAGUGCUAAAGGAACAAAUCAUUCUAGAUCUUUCUCAUCCAGGUGUAUCUGAGGAUGAUCAAGUGUCUCGACUGGUCACCGUUAGCAAAGACCCGUAUGAAGCCUGUGAUGGAGCCCAUGCCCUAGUUAUCUGCACCGAGUGGGACAUGUUUAAGGAGCUGGAUUAUGAGCGAAUUCACAAAAAGAUGUUGAAGCCAGCAUUCAUCUUUGAUGGCAGAAGAGUCCUUGAUGACCUUCAUAAUGAAUUGCAGGGCAUUGGCUUCCAGAUUGAGACAAUUGGGAAGAAGGUGUCGGCAAAAAGGAUUCCGUUUGCUUCUUCAUGUGACAUACCAAAGUUUAGCUUGCAGGAUCCUCCUCUCAAGAAGCCAAGGGUAUAGGUUUCAAUUGUCACAGAAGGGCUCUUCCCAUGUGAGCUGUAAACCAGCAUGAAUUAAAAAAAAAAAAACAGGGGGAAAUGGGACACAAUGGAGCCAAAGUUAAGUGCUUGUCCUUUUGAUAUCAAUGGGACAGGUAAUCAUGUCCUCAAAUAUUUCCUUUUGAGAUCAACAGGACAAAAAAGUACUUAACUCUGACUGAAUCAUGCUGAAUAUAUUCCCAUAAUGAAGACAUUUUUUUCAGUAGCAUUGUAGCUGGGACAUUUCAAUCCAGAAUCUGUUUUAUAAUCUCUAUUUUUAUAAUACUGGAACUUUUGUCAUUGAAGUGAAAAACUGUACAGUCAUAGAUGAUUUUAGUAAUUUUUAUAUAUAUAAAAACUCUGCUUCAACCUUCCAAGACUUCCUACUCUGUGAGGUUUACAAACUGCACUUUAAAUUUUUAUGAUGUAUGUUGCAAUCCAAAAGAAACAAGGGAUUUUCCCAUCUUGUUUGAUACGCUAAUCUGUACUAUGCCAUGCAACAUUGUUCAUUUUAAUUUGACUCUAGGCAGGUGUGGGCAGCUUGCUCAAGGAUAGCUCCUCUUUUUACCAUAAUAUGUGAAUCACGGGGCUCAAUGGAAGGUCUGUUGCUCACAUGAAACACCACAUCUUCAUAUUUUGGUGUCGGGAUGGCUGCAGAGAUGGGUUUUCAGGAUCAGAAGGCAGCCUGAGGUCAAUACAUUCCUUGUGGUAAUAUUAUAAUAAAAUCAAUGAUUGAUUAUUUGUUAUCCUGAGACUUGCUGCCUGGGACAAGGUGCCUCAUUCCUAUCCUAUCCUAUCCUAUCCUUUCAGCAGCAGGUUCUUGUCUAUAAAAUAACAUGCCUCUAUAGAAGUGUAGAACUGGCUGGAAAUAUGGUACUAAGCAGUACAUGAAUCAUAUGCAAUAUAACUUUACAAACCUGAGAGCCCUAUUAAAGAGGAAUGGUCUGGAUAUGUGCUCUGUAUUUUGCUAACUGUUUUACCAUUUUGCUGAUCUGUGCGGUUGAUUUAGUGUUCAUUACAGCAGGACUGUAACUAGCCACAGACCUGAUCCUCAGAAGUCGUUUAAAAUCCUCCCAAGACAAGCAGGCAGAUAAGCUUUUUAUAACAUGGAGUCUGUACUUUAUUCUCUUAGGUACACAAGCAUGGGCUAGUAGCUUUUACAGCCUCCGCUGAAAGUUACAGAAUAAGGAACUUUUCACUUCCUAUUGUAGCCAAAAGCUGCUUCUAUUUGGUUUCAACAACUUUUGAUUUUAUCCAGAAAUAAAGGUUAAGUGGUUUUUCCAAGUUUCUGCAGUGGCUCUGAAGUCAAAUCCCUAUUACAGCAAAUGCUGUCUUUACUAGAAGAUCACACUAUGUCCAGUUCUCUCUAGAUCAUAGAUUUGAUUUUACUAGAGUAAGGGUUCUCAAAGUGAAAACUCUGCAUGUUGGUAAAAACAGGCGGAUUCCUCCUUUCCCCAUUACCAGGGCAUUGAGCUAGGAAGCGGAAUUCCAAUCAGCGCAUUGUUAGUGGCUCUUUAAUCUGCACCGCCAAUUCUAUUCGACUUGCUAAAAGUCAUACAACGGUCACCUGUUUUCAAUUGUUUUUUGGGCUUCCUACAUUCUUAUACUUUGGGAGUGGAAGCAUAGCAAAGGCUCACAAUCCUUCCUCUUUCCUUUGAUCAACUGCAAGCACUGCUCCCUAGAACCGCCUUUCUGGCAAAACAGUCUCCCAAACCAUUUUCAUUAACAUAUUUUUUUGCUUCAAGUCCAGUUUCUGGAAGGGACAUCACCCUGAUAAAAGCAACUGCAUAUCAUUCAUGACUGCCAUGAAACACAGUGGUUUCCCACUGCUGUUUCAACACUUAACUUAAUGCUCAAGAAUAUUGCCAGAACAAAAAGUUCACAUAGUUCCAGCAGAACAGAACCUUAUGUCAUAUAUUAUAAUCUGCUUACUACCUCACUGUGAUUACAAAAAUAAAUCUUUGUCUACUCAUUGGUAACAGUC